AUGAUACGAACACGCAUAGUACUUCAAAGAGUAAUUUUUAUAAUAAUUUUUAUUGGAAUAGCUUACUUUUUCUUUGAUUUUAUGACUGUUUAUGAAAGUUCUACUCGUUACUUAAGUUUUCUUUUGCUUAUUAUUAUAUAUAUAACAUCGUAUACACUAUCUUUAUUGCCAGAAAUUUCUAAUUCAAUAAAUUACUUUUUGUUUUAUAAAUCAAGAAAAAGAAGAAUUUAUACAAAUUCAGUUAAUGAAUCAUUAUAUUCUAAAAGAAAAGAUAAUAACAGUGAGGGAUUAACAACUGAUACUACAAUAGACACUAGUUUUUUGUAUAUGAAUCAAGAAGUAAUUAAAAAAGAAAGAAAUAAGAAAAGAAAAGCAAAAUAUUAUUAUAUUUAUAAAGAAAAUGAUACAGAAAAUAAUGACAUAAAUAUAUCAAAUAAAAACUUGCAAAUUAAGCAAAAGAAAUUAAAGUACAACAAAAGUAAAAUAAAUAAUUAUGUACUAAAAAAAAAUGAGGAAUUCAAAGAAAAAAUUAUUAUAGACAGUUCUGAGAAAUUUGAAAAUAUUAUUUCUAAUGAAAAAAGAAAAACUAUAAAAAUAAGAGAAAGUAUUAAAAAUUAUAUAGAAUUGAAUGAUUCAAAGAAAAGAGAGGAAAAAAAGGAAAAUGAAUUACUAAAAUAUAAUAGAGACAAUUAUUUAAACAACAAUAAAAUAUGUAAUGAGAAAGAAUACACAAAUAGAACAAUCGAGUCUUUUCUUUAUAAAGAGAAAUAUUAUCAAAGAAAAAGUGAUGAAAGUAUAGAAGAUGAAGAUAUUCAAUUUAUAAAUAAAAAAAAAAGCAUGUGCUUUAUUUUAAAAAAUAUAUUAUGUAAAAAUAAGAAAUUGAAGAAAAUGAAAUCUAGUUAUUAUUUAAACAACUGUUCUAAUAUAAAUUGUUAUAAGUUAGAUAGCUUUUAUGAUAGAAAUAAACAAAUUUUAAAAGAUACUAACUUUUCAAAAUGGAACAGUAUCUAUUUAAAAUUUAUAAUAAAUAUAAAAUUAACAUUUAAAAAAUUUUGUAAAAAUACUUCUUUUUUAAUAGCAGAUAUCAUUAUAACCUUAUUAUUAAAUAUUGUAUGGUUAAAUGUUCAUAAAUUUUUACAUAGAAAUAAUGAUGAUUUAGACAGAGGUAUGUUUAAUUGGAAUACAGAUAAUAUACCAGAAAUAUAUAAUAAAAUAGAAGGAUAUUUACAGUAUUUAAUCUUAUAUGAUAUGUGUAUAAAAUUAUUUCUUUUUUUUUCAGCUAAUUACAUAUUAAGUUUUUCAUUUUUAUUGAAUUUAAUAAAUACUCCCUUUUUCUAUAUAAUUGUUUCUUUCUCGACUAAAAUAAAAUACAAAAAAUUUCAUUGGCUCUACUUAUCUUGCCCAUUCCGAUUUCUUAAUUUUUUGAGAAUAGAAUAUUUAUUUGGUGAAUUUAAUAAUUACAGUAAAUUAAAUAUUCCUAUGAUUAAACUGUCAAUACAAAUAUUUGUUAUGAUUUAUACUUACGCAUGUAUUAAUUUUCUAAUUGAACAGCCAUGCAAAGGUAAAUACGAAUUAUAUGAUUAUAUUUUUUCUGGAAUGCAAACAGUAACAACAGCUGCAUUAGGGAAAGGAACAUGCUUUCCUUUUUCAUAUAAAGGAAAAUUUGCUCAUGUUUUUUAUAUCUUUAUGACUUUUACAUAUAUACAUUAUAAAAUUAGAUAUCUGAAAAAUUAUAUUGUUGAAGAAAAAAAAAUAUAUGGAAAAAUACCACAUGUUAGUUCCCAUUAUUUUGUUAUUAUAGGGCACAUUAAACCAAUAGCUUUAUAUAUAAUUGUAAAUGAAUUACAAUAUAAUUAUAAUAACCUUGAUGAAAUUAUUAUUUUAACUAGUUUACCUAUCAAAUUUUAUCUAAAUAUAGUUCGUUUAUUAAACAAAAAAAAUGUUUGCCAAACAAGCUUAUGUUUAUAUGAUUUAAAUAAACCAUUACCUAUAAAAAUCAGAAGAAUUAUAUCAUAUAGCAGUGGCGUUUUUAUAUGUAAUAAUGUUAUUAACACACAUCAUAAUAUUACUAAUGAUAUGGAAACAUUAAAAAGAUAUAAUGAAAUAACUUCAUUAGGAUCAUUUAGUAAAUAUAUUUCUGUUUUUCUAAAUAAUAUGUAUAACAAUAACAUUUUAUUAAAAAGAAAUAGGAGGCACAUCAUAUGUUUAAAUGAUUUUAAAAUGAAACUAUUUGCAAAAACCAUUGACGAUUGCCAUGGUAUGUUUUUAUUAGUAUUAUUAUUUUUUAUCAACAUUCCUGAAAAACAAAAAUUUAAAUAUUCAUAUAUAUUAAGUAAUGCUUUCGAUAAACUAACAAAAAGUUCUAAAAAAAAAAGUUUACACAACAAAAAAUAUAAGAAAAAAAAAAAUUACUUUAAUUUAAAAUUAUUACAAAAUUUUCAUUCAAAAGAGAGUAAAACUAUAACUAAAUACAGAAAUAGUAGUAGUAAUAAUGUUCAUAAAUUUAAUAUUCUUAGAAAUAAAGAAGAUAAUGUAAAAAAUACAAACAAUAAACUUACAAAAGAAAAUUAUAAUUUUUCUACAAAAAAAGGAGAAAGUAAUAAGAAUAUUCAAAAGAUUCCAUUAAUUCAUAAAAAAAAGAAAAAAAUUAAUAUUUUGCCUUUGUUUUUUAAAAAAAGGACAAAAAAACCUUUAAAUAAAAUUUUUACAUGUCAUGAAGAUAAUCAUCAUUCAUUUUUUAGUUCUUAUAAUAAUUAUUUAAAUUAUAUAAAAGGAAUUAGAUAUAAUAUUUAUAAAGUAAAAUUGCCUUCUUUUUUUUUUAAUAACCAUUUUAUUACAAUUGUUCAAUACAUAUACUUAAACUAUAAUGCUUUUGUAAUAGGAAUAAUAGAUCAAUUUAAUGAAAUAAAGUUAAACCCAGUUCAUUUUUUUUAUACUUCAGAUAAUAUAGAGUUUAUUUUAUUAAGUGAUGAUUUUAAUAUAUUACAUGAAAUUUCAAAAAAUAAAAAAGUUGAACUAGAUUGGAUAUAUAAUAUAGAAAGUGUAAAAAUUAGAAAGAAAAAAAAUAAAAAGAAAGUUUCACAGGAAAAUGAAGAAAACAGCAACAAUAAUAAUUAUCAUGAAAUUAAUAAAUUAAAAAAUGAAAAUAUAAAUUUUAAUCCUGUUUUAAAUAUUUUUAGAGUAGACAAUUAUUUACAAGCCUACAAAGUUUUUAAUUUAAAAAAUGAAAACUAUUGUUCUCAUAAUAAUAAAGAUGGAUACAAUUCUUCAUCAGAUAACAUAUCUUCUAAUAAAGAAAACAAAAGAGCUGAUAAAUUUAUUUAUAAUGAUAAAGAAGAAAUGCUUUCGAAAGAAAAGAAAAUGGCGCAUUAUAAUAAAACUAAAGAUGAAAAGAAAAAAAAUAUAGUAAAUAAUUACAAAACUAAAAGCAAUACAAUUAGUGAAAAAAAUAAAGGUACCCAAGAAGUGAAAACAAAUUUUUUUUCUAAUAAAGAAAUUUUCUCUGCUUGUAAUAAAAAUAGUUUCUCUUAUAACAAGAAAGUAAAAAAACAAAAAAAAAAGGAAAAAUAUAAGAAUAUAGAUUUCAUUAUAUUAAUUUAUUGGCCUCAAUCUUUAAAUACGUUCCUAAAAAUAUUAUUUAGAAGAAAAAAACAUAAUAUAAUUAUACUAAGUGACCAAAUUCCUUCUUAUAUAUAUAAUAAUAAAUUAUCAAAAUAUAAAUAUAAUAUAUGUUAUAUACAAAAAUCCCCUUUGAUUUUAUUCAAUUUAAUUGUUGCAGGUAUUUUAGAAUGCCAAAAAUGCAUAAUUUUUAAGAAUUACUUAAAGUUAGAUUCUUAUCAAAAUAUAGUAUCUUAUAACGAAGAAUCUAAAAGUAUAAAUUUUUUUGAAUACAUGUGUGAAAAUAAUGAUAAUAACUUAAUAAUUAUUUAUAAUAAUAUUCAAAAUAUUUUUAUGAGGAGAAAUGCUAACAAGUCUUUUAUAAGUUAUUAUAUUAAAAAAAAUAAUGAAUCCUUUGCAUAUAAUGAUUACUUAAGAAAUAAAUCGUACUUUUUGAAUAAAGGUAGCUACAGUAAAAAAAGGAUAUUGCCUAAAAUAGAACAAAUAAAAGAAAAAGGAAAAAAGAAGGAUUUAUACUUAUUAAUAGAAUUAAACAACACUUUAUCAAUGCAGUAUUUAAAUAAUGAAGUUUAUAGAAAUAACAAUAUAUUAAAAAAGGUGUCUAAUCAAAUAAAUAAAAAUAAUUCACGUUAUUUAUUAUCUCUAGAAAAAUAUAAACAGAAAAUGCAAUUUUUUAAUUAUGGGAAUUUACUUGUAGAAAAUAUAUAUAAAAAGAUUGAGAAUAUUUUUGUUGAUAAUUAUUUUUUUUAUUUAUAUUUUUUACAUUUUACAUCUGCUAGUAUAUUUACUGAUGAACUGCUUUAUCAUUUAAUUGGAUACACAAUCCCAAUUAAGGAAUCUUCAUUAAAUAUAUGUGCAAUUGAAGCUUUUAUAAAAGGAACAUAUGCGGAUAAUAAAAAAAAAAUAAAAACCGAUCUUUUACUAAAAAAGAUUAAUCCUAAAUAUCAUUGUACUAAUUUUUUCUUUAUCUUUCAAAGAUAUUUAAGAAAGGGAGGAAUUAUAAUUGGUGUUUAUAGACAUAAUAAUGAAAACAAUAUGAACAUAGUUAUUCCUUGUCCACAAAAAAAAUUUAUAAUGCAUAAAAAUGAUCAGGUUUAUGUAAUACAAAGUCAAUAUGAAGAUGCAUAA